AACAACAUUAUAAGCAUUUGUUCAUCAAUUUUAGUUUUAUUGUAAGCAUGUCAACUAAUACAAAGGAAUGUUUAUUGAAGUGUGUGAAGAAAGCUAAGCCAUAUUUGGCUGUAAUUCUCUUGCAAUUUGGAUAUGCAGGCGCAGCAAUUAUAGCAAAAAAUGCUUUGAAUGAUGGAUUUAGCCAUUACACUUUUGCUGUUUACAGAAAUGUCUUUGCUGUUGUUGUAUUUGCUCCUUUUGCUGCUCUCCUAGAAAGGAAAAUAAGGCCAAAAAUGACUCUAUCCAUUUUCUGGAAGAUUAUGUUGCUGGGCUUGUUGGAGCCUGUCAUCGACCAGAAUUUAUAUUACGCAGGCAUGAAAUAUACCACUGCUACUUUUACAACAGCAAUGUGCAAUGUUCUUCCAGCCAUCACUUUUUUGUUAGCCUGGAUAUUAAGGCUUGAGAAUGUGAAUAUAUGGAAACUACCUAGCCAAGCAAAAAUAGUGGGGACAAUAGUAACACUUGGAGGUGCAACUAUAAUGAGCCUUGUUGGAGGACCAACAAUUGGAUUGCCACGGACCAAACAUCAUGUUCCAAGUAUUGUCACUCAUGUUGCUUCUCCAACUGAGCUCAAUCGUGUUAAAGGUGCUCUCUUCAUUGGUGUUGGUUGUUUCUGUUGGGCCUGCUUUUAUAACCUUCAGGCAAUCACGUUGAAGACAUAUCCAGCAGGAUUGUCCUUGACAUGUUUAAUAUGCAUGGCUGGGGCUCUACAAGGUACUGCACUUACACUUGUGGUCCAAAGAGGCAAUUCUGCAGUUUGGUCCCUUCACUGGGGCACUAGCAAAUUCUUUGCAUCUGUUUACUGUGGAGUUGUUAAUUCUGGGAUUGGCUAUUAUAUUUCUGGAUUAAUAAUGGAGGCCAAAGGACCAGUUUUUGUCACUGCUUUUAAUCCUCUCAACAUGGUUAUUGUUGCCACUUUGGGGUCAUUUAUUUUAUCUGAACAGCUCAACUUGGGAAGGGUGUUGGGAGCUGCUAUCAUUGUUAUUGGAUUAUACCUAGUAAUAUGGGGUACAAGCAAGGAUGACAGAAAAUCCUCAAAAAUAUUGAGCACAACUGAAGAUGUUGAAUCAGUUGAUAAAGAAUUAGCUGAGAUAAAAUCUUCAAAUCAUGCCGUAAUUAGAGAGGAGUCUGCUUAAGAAAACUAAUUAAGACUUAAUUAUAAUUUAGUGAUAUCGACCAACGAUAUCUGAUGUAUGAGUUUAAUUUUUAUUAUCUUUAUUAUUUCCUUUUUUUUUUCUAAUCUCAUAAUGUGUUUUUUUUUUUUUUGGAAAAUAAGUCUAGCACUACUGGAGGCUGGAUUUUGGUUAAUAUUUGAUUAAGUAAUUUUCUCAACAGAGAAUGCCUUUUUUUUUUUUUUUUUGGUUCUUCUUUUUUUCGCCUUUCUUUAGUUAGGUUCACCAAUUGCAUGUUGUAUCAAUUUAUGCAAAUAGCGCGCAUAAUUAUAAAGUAACUUGGAAUGACAAAGAAGAAACAAGUUAUCCAUGAAUUUGGGAUAGUAGGAGCUAUUUCGAUCACAUGAAUAAAAAUGUUUCUCUAUCUCAAUUUAUGUGACACGAUUAAAUUGUGCACUUAAAAAGAACGUUUUUUUUAAUUUUAUUUAUAACAUCAACAGUGUUAUUUUGGGGAUGGACUCAAUGAAAAUAGUGGACAUGAUCAAAGGAACGUC